AACCAAUUGUGAGGGCUCGUGAAAUAGCUUAUACGCGGGCAUACACAAUACGUGUUGCAAACAAGGAAGGAUGGGACAUAGCAUCAGCAUUAAAUGAAAUGGUUACAGACGAUCCAAUGGAGGCUGCUCUAAGAGAAAGACUGACUUUUGCAAGGCAAUCAGCAAAGAACAAAAGAAGAAGGACAGACAGUAUAUUUUCAGGAAACACAUAUUCUAGAGUACAGCCCCAGUGGGGUACUUAUACUCAAUUACCACAUCCAAUUCGUAAACUAUUAAUGGACCAAGGCAAUAUCUACCCGUACA